UGAGGGUGGUGUGAAGAGGACAGUUGGAGAGAGGGAGGAGCUCUUCAGUUUAACACCAAGGAGCAAAGGAGGACAGAAUAGAGAAAAAACAAGAGACUGAUUGAUAUUAGACAGAGUGCGGGGAAAGAUCUCAAAAAGAGCUCGUUUUUUUUAAAGACUGUGAGUAGUGUGUGUGUUGUGUGGAGGAGUGAAGCCCGCUGCGGGAUGGGGUUGUAGGUAGUGUGUUGAGUCAGAGGUGUGGCGAUGGCGGUGGCGUUGGAUGCAGUGUGUGUGCGGGUGAAGGGUGUCUGCAAGCAGAAUGGACUGCUCAUCCUCUCUGUGCUGGCCGUCGUCAUCGGCUGCCUGCUGGGAUUCUUCCUGCGCACCAAGCAGCUCUCUGAGCAGGAAGUGAAGUAUUUCCAGUUUCCAGGAGAGCUCCUAAUGAGGAUGCUGAAGAUGUUGAUUCUGCCUCUCGUUGUUUCCAGUCUCAUGUCAGGUCUGGCGGCCCUGGAGCCGAAGUGCUCGAGCAGGUUAGGCCUCAUAACCAUCUCCUACUACCUCUGGACCACGUUCUUGGCGGUGGUGGUCGGCAUCGUCAUGGUUCUGAUCAUCCACCCAGGGGGCAUGGCCCAGAAAGAGGACUCGGAGGACAGUAGCAAACCAAUCAUGAGCUCAGCCGACGCCCUGCUCGACCUCAUACGGAACAUGUUCCCUGCCAAUUUGGUUCAGGCUACAUUUCAGCAGUAUCGCACUAACAGCGUACCCGUCAUGAAGACACUGAAGACAACGGAGAGCUUGAGUGUGACACGUCGCACACUCAUCUACAACCUCCAAGACGACAACGGUAACAGCGAAAACGGCAGCAGCGAUGUCCGCAACUUCCAGCUGGACCUGACGCCUCCGCCUGAUGUGGUGAUGCGCACCGGGCCCGGAACGAGCGAGGGCAUGAACGUGCUGGGCAUUGUCAUCUUCUCCGCUACUAUGGGAAUUAUGUUGGGAAGGAUGGGUCCUAACGGCAGUGCGCUUGUUAACUUCUGCCAGAGUCUUAACGAGGCUGUGCUGAAAAUCGUAGCUAUUGUUAUCUGGUACUUUCCGUUCGGGAUUGUGUUCCUGGUGGCUGGAAAAAUCCUGGAGAUGAGCGAUCCAUCAGAUAUGGGUAAGAAACUGGGAUUUUACGCCAUUACGGUGGUUAUGGGUCUGAUUCUGCACGGGCUCUUCAUCCUGCCCAGCAUGUACUUCUUCAUCACCAAGAAAAGCCCCAUCGUUUACAUCCGGGGAAUCCUACAGGCUCUGCUCAUCUCACUGGCCACCUCAUCCAGCUCUGCCACACUGCCCAUCACUUUUAAGUGCCUGCUGGAGAAUAACCACAUCGACCGGCGCAUCAUUCGCUUCGUGCUGCCUGUCGGUGCCACCAUAAACAUGGACGGCACGGCCCUGUACGAGGCUGUGGCGGCCAUCUUUAUCGCUCAAGUCAACAACUAUGAGCUGGACUUUGGCCAGAUCAUCACCAUAAGCAUCACAGCCACAGCAGCGAGUAUCGGUGCGGCGGGCAUCCCGCAGGCUGGCCUGGUUACCAUGGUAAUAGUGCUGACCUCCGUUGGCCUGCCAACCGAUGACAUCACACUCAUCAUUGCUGUGGACUGGGCUUUGGACCGGUUUCGCACUAUGGUCAACGUGAUGGGAGAUGCGCUGGCUACAGGAAUCAUGGCGCACAUCUGCAGGAAAGACUUCAUGCAAGAGGGAGAUGGAGUUCCUCUAAUCUGUGAGACGAAACCCGUCCACAUCCAGCAGCUGAUGAACUGCCAGCAGAAUAACGGCAGCUUCCAGCCCCUUCCAGCAGGGGGCAAACCUGAACUCGUUUCCCCGGAUGUCGCCCGACUCAUGCAGUUAGAGGAAGGAGUGCGACCCCCGCCUCCCGAGCGGAAAAUACCCCCAGUGCCCCCACGACACCUUAAACACAAGGACAAGGAGCACUGCUCCAUCGACAUGAACGGCCUCGAGACCAACGUAUAGCGGCCAUGUUGGACAAUCCGGACAUAAAGGAUAUAGAUCGAUUAACGGAUUAGCUUCUUGCUGUAAUUGGAUUCGGGGUUACGUUUCGUUCUGCGUUUAAGGUUGAGGUGAUGGAACAGCAUUCGUAGAUUUCUUUUUGUUUGUUUGUUUGUUUGUUUUUGUAGAAACCUGACUUUAAAAUUCUUUUAACAUCAAUCAUGUAAAUCUAAUUUGGCGCUGUAAAAUUGUAUAAACUGACAAAAACGUGAUAUUUAAGCCGUAUCAUCAUAAGUAUUUAACUUUUUUUUAGUUUAUGUCGUUAUUUAUAAUAAUUUCUUUCUCAUGUUCAUUUAAAGCUUAAUUUGAUGUUCCUAGAUUUUUUUUGCUCCUCUUGCUCAUCACAUAGAAAAUUUUCUUCCCUUUAGCCGCAUCACAGACGGUGGAACUUAAAUCAUUUGUCUGGAUUUGUCUUGUGUAGCAACGUAUAGCUUGGUAGGCUAAUUCUUUCUCACUUUUCUAAAUAAAAAUAUAUUCCUGGCA